AUGGCGACUGUAACCUCUACCAGACCUUAUCACAUUAUCAUAUUCGGAGCCUCCGGUUUUACCGGGCAGUUUGUGGUGGAAGAGGUAGCCCGGAGCGCCUUAGAAGGACCCAGCGGUUCUCUGAAAUGGGCCUUGGCCGGGCGUAGCAGACAACGGCUGGAGGGAGUUCUGAACCAAGCCGCCGAGAUGCUCCGUACGUGUUUGACACUAACCAGAAAAGAUAAGCGAGUGCAUACUGCCUGCUGCCAGUUGAAUAAUGAUUUUAUGUCAAGCAUGGUUUGACUAGGCUACUGUAUAAUGAUUAACAGCGGCAACGGUUUCAGUUGCCUUUAACCGACUAGGCCUAUAAACUCUUGCACUCUCAAAAAAAGGUGCUAGUAACAAAGGGUUCUUCAGUUUGUCUCUGUAGGGGAACCCUUUUUUGGGCUGUGGAGAACCUUUUAAUAACGGUUCUUCUAAUAAACCUUUGUAUAACAAUUUGUAUGGUUCUUCAUUGUACUGUAAAAAAAAAAAAAAAUAAUAAUCCCGCUUUCUGGUUGCAGUGAAAAUAUGGUAAACCCUUAGGAAAAACAAUUGCAGUCAGAGUGCAGUAGAACUGCAGUACACGCAAAUACUGCGUCCAAAAUAACACCGUUUUUUUUUUACUGCAGUUAUUCUGCAAUUACUGCAUCCAAAAUACCAUAAGUGGACUGCAGUAACUGCACUUUUACUACAGUUUCAAAACUGCAAUCUUUUUUUGUAAGGGAGUAUACAAAAAUAUACUGUAUUUUUAGAGCUGGAUUAAGGUGUUAUUUCUGUAAGUGACAGUAUGCUGCUGUAUUCUGAUUACUUGCGAGUCAUCCUCACUUGGGAUUUGAACUCACAACUUCUAGGUUGCCAGCGACAGUAGUGUGCAACUGCAGCCUGCAAAUCGGGGUGUUCCUGCAUGUGGGCAUUCACGCUACCCCCCUUGUGCAUCCCAUUGGUUCAUUCAUUAACCCCCCCUUCAUUCGUGUGAAUGUGGGUCAAAAGGGUAAUAAAAGUAUUAUCAGAGGUUUUUUGCCCCCGCCUACUGGAGUCUUUCUUACUAGCUAGCGGGAGCGAAACCGGUAGACAGUGUCCUUCGCUCCUGCCUGCUGAACACCUGCCCUCGCCAUAAUGAACAGAACUGCGGGAAAACAGUGCCCAACAAGUGGGGGCAAAUGACACUGUCUACCGGUCGCUCCCACCUCCCGCUAGCACAGCAGGUGGGAGGCUGGGGUGACACUGUGCUAACUAGCUAGUUAGCGACACCGUGUGCUAGCUUGCUAGUUAGCUAACACACAGUGUCGCCCCCGCCCACUGUGUACCGGAGAAAACCGUGCCCGAUAGGCGGGGGCGAAUGCCCCUCUCGACCGGUUUCCCCGCCUUCCGCUAGCACAGCAGGUGUGAGGUUAGGGCGACACCGUGUACAAAAAGAGAUUGCCGUUUUGAAAGUGCUGUAAAAGUGCAGUAACUGCAGUCGACUGUGGUAUUUCGGACGCAGUAAUAGCAGAAUAACUGCAGUUACGCUGCAAAAUUACUGCAGUAAAAAUGGUGUUAUUUGGAUGCAGUAUUUGCAGCAUACUGCAGUUAUACUGCGCUCUGACUGUAAUCUUUUUUUCGUAAGGGUAGCAGGAUAGUUAGUGACACUGUGUGCUAGCUAGCUUGCUAGUGACCCAGCACACAGUGUCGCCUCCCGCCUGCUGUGUACCAGAGUCCUCCUUAGGACUAGCUGGCUAAGCUAUCACACAGUGUCCUUCUUUUCCGCCUGCCGAACACCUGCCCUCGCCGUCAUUAACAGAACUGCUGGAAAACAGUGCCCGACAGGCGGGGGCGAAGGACACUGUCUACCGGUGUAUGGCUAGCUAGCUACCGUUGUCGCCCCCACCCCUUCUUAUGUGGGGUUUAUAGGCGUCUGGGAACCAACGUUAUUGUGCAUUAACCUACUGUACUGGAGCGUCCCCACCUCCCGCCUGUCCUAACUUAAAAAUAACCAAUAGAAGUAUAAAGAGGGGUUCCAGAUGCACGAAUGCCCACAUGCAGGAACAUGACUUGCCUGCUACACCACCGGGUCUAUGGGUAUGAUAGAGAUGGUUAAAGAUGCACUAUGCAGAAAUCUCUCAAAAAUUCGAAUAGUUCGCCUAAUUUCAGUUUAUAUGACAAAACAAGCAAGUAUAGUGUAAAGAAUCUAAACCACUGUGAAAUAUAUUUUCCAUAAAGAAAAAUAUUGUAUUUUCAGCUUUUUGAAGCUGGUGUACAAAACCGAAAGUAAAAGAUGCAAAAACUAAACUUAAGAAUGGGAAGCAUAGAAAUAACGCACAUAGACAGAUCUACCGCUUCUUAGAUAUUCUUUCAAUGAAAAUGACAGAUCUAUAACUCACAUUUCUAUGUGAAUUUGGUGGGACGGCCAAAAAGUUACAUAUUGUAGCUUUAAAAGAUUAGAACCAAUAGACAUUCUGUCAUUUGUCCCUAUGGGGGACCCUUUUGGGUGCCACGUAGAACCCUUAGAACCCUCUCACAAGGACCCUGGGUUUAUUUUUGUUUUGACCCUGUAGGGUAACCCAACUGGGUUCUAUGUAGAACCCUCUCAUGAAGAACCCUCUUGUUGCAGGAUUCUGUUAUCUGUCCCUAUGGGGGAACCCUUUUGGGUGCCAUGUAGAACCCUUUGAUUUGUCCCUGUAGGGGAACCCUUUUGAGUGCCAUUUAGAACCCUCUCAAGAAGAACCCUCUGGUUCCAGGUAAAACCAAUAACAGGUCUACAGUUAUACUUAUAAGAUACUUCAGAUGUGCUUAUGGCACACACUGUUAGGUACUCGCAUGUCGGUUAAUACUGGUCAGUACCUUUAAGGAUACAUAUGCGCAAAACCUAGUAUAAUGGUACAUUUUUCUAUUCAAUAUAAGGUACAAUCAUUAGUGCCCUCUGAAAUGUAGGUGGGGGCAGUGCUGGCGGGGGCUCAUUAACAUAUCUGGGUGCAUGAUCUAAAAUAUGUUGUAUUUGUGCCAACUGUUGCACCAGUUUAAGUGGUUUUAUUGUUAUGUUGAUGAAGGUUGAGCACCUCAUCUGUCCACUCCAGUUCUACAAUCUUUGUAAGCGCUUGUGACAAUCAAGAGCUGCACUGGUAAGAGGUUACUGUGCAUUUACCAGUAACAUAAUGGCAGUUGGCCACCAGGAAUUUCAUUUGUAUUUUUCUACAAUUUACUGUCAGCUUGCUGCAAGUAGUUGUUGUAAACUGCACAGUAACUUACUGUGACUGAUCUCUGUCGCACUCACUGACCAGAUGGUGUGGCAGGAUGGUCAGUUGACUGUCAACCAAGAGGUUGAGGCCAGGUGAGGCUGACUUCCAAGUGUGCUAACCACAAAGAAUGCUUAGUAGUUGUCAACUAAUGUUACGCUUGUAAUUAGUAGAGUUCAGUGAAGUACAGUAAGUUACUGACAGCUAGUUGCAGGUAAGUUACUGGCUAUUAAGUUACUGUGAAUUUUACACUAACUAACUGACAGCUAGUUGCCAGUUAGGUAACACAAAAUUCACAGCAACUGCCAGGCAGCUAACUGCCAUUAAGUUAAUGUGAAAUGCAGAGCAGUGUUCCCCAAUAUUCAUUCAAAUUGUUGCCACCACUGCAAAAAAUAUGAAGUAAUUUUUUAAAAACAUUUCUGUUGCGAUGCCCUUUUAAAUGGAUAGUCGUUGGCUCCAUGACUGGAAGUCGAUGUGAACAGCUAGCAUAUCAUUGCGCUAACAGUAGUAAAAAUGCACUUUCCCCUGCUACCCUUGCCACCAUUGCUGAAAAUAAUCCUAGGGGAAACACUGCACAGUUACCUCUUAACAGUGCAGCUCUUCAUUGUCACAUGCUCUUACAAAGAUUGCAGAACUGACAGUGUUACAGUAAAAGAGGUGCUCAACCUUUAACAACAUAACCAUCAACCACUUAAACUGGUACAACACUUGGCACAAAUACGGAAAAUUCAGUAACUUGUUGUUGUUGUUUACUGUACUUUCACUGCAACCAGUAGCGUCUAGUGUACCGUAAAAUUAGUGGAACUUUUUAACAAUCUAGCAUUUCAUGGCAUAAAGGAAAACAUGGAGGAGAGGGAAAGAACAGGAUGAUUCUUCACAACCAUCACAGCAGUAAUGAACCCUUCCUGAGCAGUAAAGAACCCUUCCUGAGCAGUAAAGAACCCUUCCUGAGCCGUAAAGAACCCUUCCUGAGCAGUAAAUAACCCUUCCUGAGCAGUAAAUAACCCUUCCUGAGUAGUAAAGAACCCUUCCUGAGCAGUAAAUAACCCUUCCUGAGCAUUAAAGAACCCUUACUGAGCAGUAAAUAACCCUUCCUGAGCAGUAAAAAACCCUUCCUGAGCAGUAAAGAACCCUACCUGAAAAAUGGUUACACAUACCACCCUCACCUCUGACAAAGAACCCCUCAAUAACCUUUUUUUUGUUUUGUUUUUGUAGGCGCGCGCAGUAUGCACAAGCAGUAUCAGUUGUUCUCUAUGGGUAAACAACAACACUGCUGAACUUGACCUUUAAACAGGUGUCUUAAUAUUUAACUGGGUACAUAGGGAUACUGCUGUUUAAUCUUAGUUGAUAUUGAUCCCACUGCCUUGUGACUUGCUUAAUAAUGGUCACCAGGUCUAAUAAUGCAAAUCUGUCCAAACUAUAUGAUCAGUGAUUCAGAGGGGUUGGGUUAAAUGCGGAAGACACAUUUCAGAUGAAUGCAUUCAGUUGUACAACUGACUAGGUAUCCCCUUUCCCUUUCCCUUUCUAAAUGCCUAUUCCAAAAUGGUAUUAAGCUAUGAUUUACUGUAAAUGUGUGAGUUUUAACCAAUGCAUGCAUUCAGUACAACUUUGCUCUCUGUUUCCAGGUAAGCCAGAGUUAAGAACUGAAGUUGAAAUCAUUGUGGCUGAUGUUUCCGAAGCAGAUUCAUUGGCCAUCAUGUGCCAACAAGGACUGGUAGUUCUCAACUGUGUGGGGCCAGUAAGUCUACAGUAAUAAUGAGUGUUGUUGUUAUUGAGACCUGGGAUGAAGGCUGGCCUCGCACAGCUGUGGAUCUGGGGUGUCAUUUGUCCAGACUCCCAAGGUACUCAUGUCCCCAAUGAUAUUUGGAAAGCUUGUUAGGAAUAUGCUGACUGUGUAGCUGUGUCCACAGGUACUGCAGUAUAGUACAGUAGACCUAGCUUUAUCAGUGCGUAUGGAACAUAUUAACAUGUUCUCAAAUGCGAAGGUAUGGCAAUUUGAUAGGGAGAUUAUACUUUUGACUUUUGAUAAAGUGUUGAUGACACAUACACACACAAGCCCAUACCUCCAUUAACACCAAAUCUUAUUAAGUCCUUUUUCUUGUCUCCCCAGUACAGGUUCUAUGGUGAGCCAGUGGUUAAGGCCUGCAUAGAGAAUGGAGCCCACUGCAUAGACAUCUGUGGAGAACCUCAGGUAGUAGGCUCUGUCAUUAUACAACACCAUCAUAUUAAAUGUCAGUUUUUAUGGCUCAAUUCAGUGCCUUCACUAGCCUCUACCUCCAACCUAGUUUUAUUACUGUCUAUGAGAGGCAUUGCACUUUACAGAGACAAGGAUAGUAGGAUGUAUUCGGAUUUUAGGAGCUUUAUGCUCAUAUCUGUGAAACACAUUCAAUAUAUUGGCCAAGGCUGCAUCCCAAAUCACACCCAAAUGGCACCCUAUUCACAACAUAGUCUGGUCAAAAGUAGUGCAUGCCAUUUGGGAUGCACCCCAUGUCUCCCCUACCAGAUCGGUUGACAUAGUGUUUUUAUGGUGGUCUUGUAUUGUGGUUCAUAGUUCCUGGAGAGAAUGCAGCUGGACUACCAUAGCAGAGCGAUGGAUAGUGGAGUGUAUGUGAUUGGCAGCUGUGGCUUUGACUCCAUACCAGCUGACAUGGGCAUCCUGUACACAAGGAACCAGUUUAAAGGUAGAGAGCUACACUGUUAGUUGGGUUUGUGAAUGUUUUUUAAAAUGUUUUAUAGAGAACAACACUUGUUUGUGUCUCUGGGUUUGUGAUGAUGGAAGCCAUCUGUGAAGAAGAUACAAUUCUACUUCUCAUACUUAUUUUUGCCCUUGACAUUGCAUUUGCAGGCUCUUUCUGCUUUACUGGUGUUUUUCCUGUUAUCAAUGAUGAAUUACAGCACCAUUUUGGCAAAGAAGAUGUUUGUGUUUUUAGCUGAAUUCCAAACAGGAUGAAACAGCUACAGUACACAAUUAACUCACUGCAUUAGUACCCUUGUUGGUUUCCAAUGAGGUUUCUAUCUGUGUACUAGACCAGUCUGUCCUUGAGUAAAGGAUAUAUAAUAACACUGUGUCAUAUCCGUUAACAGGAACACUGACAGCUGUGGAGAGCUUCCUGACUGUACACACUGGUCCUGAGGUAGACAGCUCUAUCACUUCCUGUUUCCUUCAUGCAUUAUGGGAAAUGUAGUCAUACAUCAAAGUUUGUCAGAUGUUUGUAGAGCCUUAAAGUGAUCUAAUGUUGAGAUGAUUCCAAGGUCCACACCAUUAUUUUGUUUAGAUCCAGCUAUAUGCCUCAAUCCUGAAUGAAUGGGAACUGUAGGCACCCUCUAAUUUCAUCAUUUCAUUAGACACAACAAAUGGCAUGGGACGUGGACUCAUAAACCACUUUUGAGGUCAGAAAAUGUCUGACAAACGUUGGUUUUCGGGCGGACUAUCCCCUUUACAAUUUGUUUGGUGUCAUGGUGAAUUCUGACAGACUUUAAUUUCGGAGUGAACUAUCCCUUUAAUAGUUUGUUUGUUGUGAUGGUGACUUGGCUAAAGCUUUGGGAUGUUCCUUCCUUCCCUGUAGGGAGGCUGUGCCCACGAUGGCACAUGGCAGUCAGCCAUCUACGGCUUUGCAGACAGCGGUUCCCUGAGGAAGCUGAGGAAGAAGUUUGGCCACCAACCUCUCCCAGUUGUAGGAGCCAAAGUCAAGAAGAGGUAUUGGCAGAUGUCUAAUGUACAGACAGUCUGUGUUCAUCCAUUUGCAUUAAAAGUAAUUGCAUUUUAUUGGCAUGGCACAGUUGGUGUUUGGCAAUGCUGAAGUGGAUUUAGAGGACUAGUCUAUCAAUAUAGAUGAAAUGAGUUGAUGGCAUCUGUCUGUGCUGAAUUCUGUGGGAUGCUGAUGGUGAAAAUUCUAGAGUGUAUUUGGAAGUAAACUGACUUGUGUGUGUAUGUGUAUGUGUGUGUGUGUGUAUGUGUGUGUGUGUGUGUAUUCCUCAGGGGUAGCCUGUUCUUCAGUAAGGAGAUUGACCAGUAUGCCAUACCCUUCAUGGGCUCAGACCCAUCGGUGGUCAGGAGAUCCCAGCGCUUCCUGUAUGAGGAGCAUCAGGAGUUACCAGUAAGAUCUAACACAACCACACACCUCUAUUGCCUGACUGUGUCUGCCUGCAUUCAAUAACUCAACGAUGCUACAUUGUUGUCUUGCUUAUGCGUAGCUGUUUGGCAUGGCAAGAAAACGACCAGUUGGCUAAAGCAGAAACAGACUGGUACCCAGGCUCCUUUGCCCAGUAUUUUAUCCAUCAUGGCUAGCCUAAACAACCUGCUCAAUACCAAGCCCACUGUCAAACCCCAUCUACUGCCACAUACAAUACCCACUUACAGUUGAAGUCGGAAGUUAACAUACAGUUAGGUUGGAGUCAUUAAAACUCAUUUUUCAACCACUCCACAAAUUUCUUGUUAACAAACUAUAGUUUGGAAUGUCUCCUGAGUGGCGCAGUGGUCUAAGGCACUGCAUCGCAGUGCUAACUGUGCCACUAGAGAUCCUGGUUCGAAUCCAGGCUCUGUCGCAGCCGGCCGCGACCGGGAGACUCAUGGGCGGCGCACAAUUGGCCCAGCGUCGUCCAGGGUAGGGGAGGGAAUGGCCGGCAGGGAUGUAGCUCAGUUGAUAGAGCAUGGUGUUUGCAACGCCAGGGUUGUGGGUUCGAUUCCCACGGGGGGCCAGUAUAAAAAAAUAUGUAUUCACCCAUUCACUAACUGUAAGUCGCUCUGGAUAAGAGCGUCUGCUAAAUGACUAAAAUGUAAUGUAAAAUGUUUUGGCAAGUCGGUUAGGACAUCUACUUUGUGCAUGACACAAGUAAUUUUUCCAACAAUUGUUUACAGACAGAUUAUUUCACUUAUAAUUCACUGUAUCACAAUUCCAGUGGGUCAGAAGUUUACAUACACUAAGUUGACUGUGCCUUUAAACAGCUUGGAAAAUUCCAGAAAAUGAUGUCCAUCGUUAUGUUUGGAGGAAAAUGCAAGCCAAAGAACACCAUCCCAACCGUGAAGCACGGGGGUGGCAGCAUCAUGCUGUGGGGUUCUUUGCUGCAAGAGGGACUGGUGCACUUCACAAAAUAGAUGGCAUCAUGAGGAGGGAAAAUUAUGUGGAUAUAUUGAAGCAGCAUCUCAAGACAUCAGUCAGGAAGUUAAAGCUUGGUCGCAAAUGGGUCUUCCAAAUGGACAAUGACCCCAAGCAUACUUCCAAAGUUGUGGCAAAAUGGCUUAAGGACAAAAAAGUCAGGGUCUUGGAGUGGCCAUCACAAAACCCUGACCUCAAUCCUAUAGAAAAUUUGUGGGCAGAACUGAAAAAGCGUGUGCGAGCAAGGAGGCCUACAAACCUGACUCAGUUACACCAGUUCUGUCAGGAGGAAUGGGCCAAGAUUCACCCAACUUAUUGUGGGAAGCUUGUGGAAGGCUACCCGAAACGUUUGACCCAAGUUAAACAAUUUAAAGGCAAUGCUACCAAAUACUAAUUGAGUGUAUGUAAACUUCUGACCCACUGGGAAUGUGAUGAAAGAAAUAAAAGCUGAAAUAAAUGAUUCUCUCUACUAUUAUUCCGACAUUUCACAUUCUUAAAAUAAAGUGUUGAUCCUAACUGACCUAAGACAGGGAAUUUUUACUAGGAUUAAAUGUCAGGAAUGAUGAAAAACUGAGUUUAAAUGUAUUUGGCUAAGGUGUAUGUACAUUUCUGACUUCAACUGUAGGUACAUAGUCCUCUGUAGCUCAGUUAGUAGAGCAUGGCACUUGCAGCUCCACGAUAGUGGGUUCGAUUCCUGGGACCACCCAAAUGUGUUUGGUAUGGACGUAUGACGGUAAGUCGCUUUGGAUAAAAGUGUCUGCUAAAUUAUGUUAUUAUACUAUAGGUACAACUCCUGUCAUGUCCAUAGUCUACCUCAGUAUCUACGUGUCUAUCCCCUUCCUUGCUUUCACAACCCCUAAUUAGGUCAAGCAACGCUGACUGUCAACAUUUUCAUCCAUUUACUAGCUUCCGAUGAAACUAUUUAAUGAAGCCUCAUUUACUCACAAACAUCCAAUGUGGAGAGAAAUUGAUUGGAAAGAACCCCUGUCUCUUCAUGUGGAGAGAGAUAGAUGAGAAUGAGUCAUACAACAGCUCCAAGUGAUUCAUCAUCUUUCUCUCCUCAUUAUCUCUGUGGUGUGUCUCAACACUGCUCCUGGCCAACAAUGGUGCACUAAAGAUUAUAGUGCCUGUGAUGUGCCCUUCCUCUACCCUUUCCAUGGACUGGGGGAGUACUAUGUAGAAGCAGGGGGCAUCAGUAGCUUACAGGAGCACGGAGGAGUUAAAAGUUAUUUAUCGAUUUCCCUCCCUCCCCCUUCUCUCCCUCCUUUCCUCUCUCUACUUCUCUCCUUCUCUCUCUCUCUCCCCUUCUCUCUUUCCCCCUCCCCCUCCCUCUCUCCCUCUUCAGGUCCAGUACUCUGCGUAUGUAGGGGUCGGUGGCGUCUGGUCGUUGAUAAAGAUGUUCUGUGGUGGCCUGCUCUUCUGGUUCCUAGGGAAGUUCGGCCUGGGAAGGAAGCUCCUCAUUACGGUAUGUGUCCAAAAUGUGCCUAAAAUGGCACCCUAUUGUCUAUAUAGUCACUACUUUUGACCAGAGGCCAAGACCAUAUUCCCUAUAUUGUGCACUACUUUUGACCAGGGCCCUUAGGGGCCCAUAUAGUGUAUUUAUCCACAUUAGAUGUCUGUGGAAAUGAGAUGAAUCAAGUUUGGUUACCAAGCUUGUAAAGAGAAAUUGUCAGUCACAGUUGGUUGGCCUAAUUAAGGGUAGUUAAAGGAGUGCAGAAAAGACACAAAUGAAUGGCAUCCUCUUCUUUUAACUGUGAGCCCUUUGCUCAGUUAAUCUCCAUGACUGUCAGAUCUGUGUGAAUAUAACAUAUACAGUGGGGAGAACAAGUAUUUGAUACACUGCCGAUUUUGCAGGUUUUCCUACUUACAAAGCAUGUAGAGGUCUGUAAUUUUUUAUCAUAGGCUCUCACAGACCUGUUAGUUUUUCUUUAAGAAGCCCUCCUGUUCUCCACUCAUUACCUGUAUUAACUGCACCUGUUUGAACUCGUUACCUGUAUAAAAGACACCUGUCCACACACUCAAUCAAACAGACUCCAACCACUCCACAAUGGCCAAGACCAGAGAGCUGUGUAAGGACAUCAGGGAUAAAAUUGUAGACCUGCACAAGGCUGGGAUGGGCUACAGGACAAUAGGCAAGCAGCUUGGUGAGAAGGCAACAACUGUUGGCGCAAUUAUUAGAAAAUGGAAGAAGUUCAAGAUGACGGUCAAUCAACCUCGGUCUGUGGCUCCAUGCAAGAUCUCACCUCGUGGGGCAUCAAUGAUCAUGAGGAAGGUGAGGGAUCAGCCUAGAACUACACGGCAGGACCUGGUCAAUGACCUGAAGAGAGCUGGGACCACAGUCUCAAAGAAAACCAUUAGUAACACACUACGCCGUCAUGGAUUAAAAUCCUGCAGCGCACGCAAGGUCCCCCUGCUCAAGCCAGCGCAUGUCCAGGUCCGUCUGACGUUUGCCAAUGACCAUCUGGAUGAUCCAGAGGAGGAAUGGGAGAAGGUCAUGUGGUCUGAUGAGACAAAAAUAGAGCUUUUUGGUCUAAACUCCACUCGCCGUGUUUGGAGGAAGAAGAAGGAUGAGUACAACCCCAAGAACACCAUCCCAACCGUGAAGCAUGGAGGUGGAAACAUCAUUCUUUGGGGAUGCUUUUCUGCAAAGGGGACAGGACGACUGCACCGUAUUGAGGGGAGGAUGGAUGGGGCCAUGUAUCGUGAGAUCUUGGCCAACAACCUCCUUCCCUCAGUAAGAGCAUUGAAGAUGGGUCGUGGCUGGGUCUUUCAGCAUGACAACGAUCCGAAACACACAGCCAGGGCAACUAAGGAGUUGCUCCGUAAGAAGCAUCUCAAGGUCCUGGAGUGGCCUAGCCAGUCUCCAGACCUGAACCCAAUAGAAAAUCUUUGGAGGGAGCUGAAAGUCCAUAUUGCCCAGCGACAGCCCCGAAACCUGAAGGAUCUGGAGAAGGUCUGUAUGGAGGAGUGGGCCAAAAUCCCUGCUGCAGUGUGUGCAAACCUGGUCAAGACCUACAGGAAACGUAUGAUCUCUGUAAUUGCAAACAAUUAUAUAAUAUUUGGUUUCUGUAUCAAAUAUUAAGUUCUGCUUUUCUGAUGUAUCAAAUACUUAUGUCAUGCAAUAAAAUGCAAAUUAAUUACUUAAAAAUCAUACAAUGUGAUUUUCUGGAUUUUUGUUUUAGAUUCCGUCUCUCACAGUUGAAGUGUACCUAUGAUAAAAAUGACAGACCUCUACAUGCUUUGUAAGUAGGAAAACCUGCAAAAUCGGCAGUGUAUCAAAUACUUGUUCUCCCCACUGUAGUUACUGUACUGUACAGCGAUAACAAGAAGAAAUUACCUGUGUUGGAGAUGGAGGUAGUCAGCUAAAUGUUCCAAUGAAUUGGUUGAUGUUUCUGCUCCUCAGUUUCCAGAGUUCUUCUCCUUUGGCGUGUUCACCAAGGCAGGACCCAGCAGGAAGCAGGUACUGUAGUGGACUCAGGCCUGAUGAAAACAGUACACUACUGGUCCAAAGUUUUAGAACACCUACUCAUUCAAGGGUUUUUCUUAAUUUUUACUAUUUUCUACAUUGUAGAAUAAUAGUGAAGACAUCAAAACUAUGAAAUAACACACAUGGAGUAACCAAAAAAGUGUUAAACAAAUAAACAUAUAUUUCAGAUUCAUCAAAUAGCCACCCUUUGCCUUGAUGACAGCUUUGCACACUCUUUGAAUUCUCUCAACCAGCUUCAGAAGAUAGCCCUCCCGACCUCAACCAAAUUGAGAUGGUUUGGGAUGAGUUGGACCGCAGAGUGAAGGAAAAGCAGCCAACAAGUGCUCAGCAUAUGUGGGAACUCCUUCAAGACUGUUGGAAAAGCAUUCCAGGUGAAGCUGGUUGAGAGAAUGCCAAGAGUGUGCAAAGCUGUCAUCAAGGCAAAGAGUGGCUAUUUGAAGAAUCUCAAAUAUAACAUAUAUUUUGAUUUGUUUAACACUUUUUUGGUUACUAUAUGAUUCCAUAUGUGUUAUUUCAUGGUUUUGAUGUCUUCACUAUUAUUCUACAAUGUAGAAAAUAGUAAAAAUAAAGAAAAUCCCUUGAAUGAGUAGGUGUUCUAAAACCUUUGACCGGUUGUGUACAUGAAUGGCCCAGUCAUAGCCAUGUGUCUAGUGAGAAGAACAUCCAUAAAUGUUUCAUGCUUAGUCAAGUUUUGGAUGCAGGCUUUGUACAAUGUUGAUAACAUAACUAUGAAAAAAAGGCACUGUAUUCAUUUGAUCAGUUUUUGGAAGUGGAGGUUAGCAUUCAUCACUUUAAGCGCUAAGACUCCUCUUCUUUCCUCUCCCAGAUGGAGGGAACAUCUUUCAGUCUGACGUUUUUCGGGGAGGGUUAUGCUGAGGGGCUGGACCCAUCUCAGGGAAGACCCAACGCUAGGAUAUGUACCCAGAUACAUGGAGCAGGUAAUACAUUGUCUCUGAUUGUAGCCUUGUUUUGGUUUGGUUGUAAUGCAGGUCAGGAUCAUGUCUAUUCAUGCUCUGUCCAAUGUCCACACAGUGCUUAUUAUUAUCUACGUCUUGAUUAUCAUUGGUCUGCUAUAGUUUUUGUUGAUAAACUAUGUUGACUUUCAUUGGUCCACAGAGCCUGGCUAUGUAGCCACACCUGUUGCUAUGGUACAGGCAGCUAUCACCGUGCUGAAUGAACCACAAUUCCUUCCUAUAAAGUGAGUCAGGUGCCUCUCUCUCUCUCUCUCUCUCACUCUCUCUCGUGAAUAUAUUAUAGUUCUACAAAGAAUAAAGUCUUACACACUGGUACAUCAAAUGUGCAGCUAUCAUUACAAUGUAACAGUACAAAUAUACCGUAAUAGACGCAUAUACAGGACCUAAGUCUCCCGAGUGGCGCAGUGGUCUAAGGCACUGCAUCGCAGUGCUAGCUGUGCCACUAGAGAUCCUGGUUCGAAUCCAGGCUCUGUCGUAGCCGGCCGCGACAAGGAGACCCAUGGGGCGGCGCUCAAUUGGCCCAGGGUAGGGGAGGGAAUGGCCGGCAGGGAUGUAGCUCAUGGGUAGAGCAUGGCGUUUGCAACACCAGGGUCGUGGGUUUGAUUCCCACAGGGGGCCAGUAUUUUUUUUUAAAAAUCACUCACUAACUGUAAGUCGCUCUGGAUAAGAGCAUCUGCUAAAUGACUAAAAUGUAAAUGUAGAACUAAACACUAUGUUGUGAUUACAGGGGAGGAGUGUACAGUCCAGGAGCUGCGUUUGCCAGGACAACUCUCAUUGACCGCCUCAACAGACAUGGCCUGGUGUUCUCAGUGAAGAGGUUCUGAAGAGAGGGUCUGAGAAAAGGACUCCUGUCUGUACCCAAUCCCAAAUCCAAUGUUUGGCUGCUAAAUUCUGGUGCUUUUCAUGCAUCUGGUGGUGGUGGCAUUUCAAUUAUAUCUGAGAGGUUAGGAUUGGGACUGUUUUUGUUAGCAAUAUAGAAAUUGGUAAUAGCUUCACUUUGCCCUCUGAUGGGCUAGGUAGAAUAUUCACCAUAUUGCUUAUACCCAUCCAACCCUUUCAGAUCUACAUGAAGUGGCUUGGGGUAGAAGCGGAUGGGUGUUCAGCAAUACUCUAACCCCCUAUCACCCCCUAGCCCUAGUCCCGCCAGCUCUCGGUGUAUCGAUUGCUUUACACAAUGAGUGCUGUGGUCUAUGUUAGAGGAAAUACUGGAUGUCAAUAUUAGGCCAAAUGGACAAACCUCAUCCCCUUAAAGCUGUAUCUGUCUCCCCUUAAAGCUGUACAUGAUCAGCCUUUUUAUCAGGCUGAGGGCACAGGCAUCCAGACAGCCGGCCACAUUGUUACCAUUCUAGUCUGAAGUCUGUAUCUCUCUCAGGGCCCAUUUGAACUGUCUUUUUAUGGCUUCAGAAUUUGGUCAUGCAGAGGUGUCAUUCAAUCUCUCAGUGGGUUUCAAAUCAAUUGUCCGUAAUACUAGUUACUUAUUAGUAUUGAUAAUGUGUAAGUGGGUGUCCUUGACCCAGAUUACAGCUCUCCACUUCACAGUAGGAUUUAUUGGAGGACUCUAGUCUAAGGGCUAUUGUGUGGUCUUAUAGCCAAGAAAGGACUGUGGCCUAUAGGUCUUUAUUCUGUGUUAUAAUUCACAUUUUAACACACAUAUUUUGGCCACAGUGUGUGUGCGUGCGUGUGCUUGUCACAUGGCUUUUAAUCAGACUAGUCCAAGUGCAUUAUAAGAAAGACUGGGUGUUUCAGAUAUUUAAGAAUAAUACCAGUGAUUUAUAAACGUGGUGAUAUUCUGUUUUUGUCUUAUAGAAAAAUAACAAGCAUGCAACACAUACUGCUCUGUAGAAGUAUAAACACACACAUAUGGUAACCUGAAAAUGUAACAACAAAAAUCGCCUCAGACCUAAACCAUGUUUAUAAGCUAACUAAAAUGGUUUCAAAUGCAGUCUACCAACGGGCAUCAGCACAUGCAGGACCAAACCUCCCCACUAGGCGGUGGUGUUUCUCUAACUACACAUUCCCUUCCCAAGUUCCAAAUAUUUACACGCCACCAACCAGAUGAGCUGUCAGUAAAGGUAAUUCGCCUGUUAGAGGAGGCAUGGGAUGGUACAUUGUUUAACCGUAAUUAAAAGGCCAUGUAUACACUUUUAGCUGAUAUGAAUGGAGUAGGAGGGGAAGGAGGGGGGAGGUGGGGUUUAUCGUGGGUAGCAGAUGUGGUUACAUCAAUAGGGAGGAGGGCCAAGGUUGGAAGGACCUGGGAGGCAUUGUCUGUCUGUAGACUGUGACUCAUCCUCCCUUCUCUUCCCUCCUCAGCCUCCCUUCCCUCUUCAGCUCUGUCUCUCCCCUUCCCCCACCACCAUCACAACAACUCUGUUAGCAGAGCAUUACAGAGAGAGAUAGAAAGGGAGAGACAGAGAGAGAGCGCAAGAGAGAAGUGUCCUAGUUCUGCUGUAGUUAUACAGAGGGAAAUAGACAGUUUGUUCAAUGAUAAAACUGCGGGAGGGUAAUUGUUAAGUAGCGCGGUUAAGUACAGGGUGUAUAGCAUAGCUAAGAGCAUAGCUAAGGUGCACUUUUGCCCUGUGUGUGUGCCUGUGUGUAGCUGAGAAAACGAGAAAAGAGAGACAAAGGAGAAUGCAGUGGUUUGUUUCCCCUGCCCUCCUCUCCCUCCUCUCCCUCCCCCACAUCCCGCCAUCGU